AUGGAUGACCAAUUCAUAUACACAGAAAUUUUUAUGCAAGCUGACAAAAAUAAGGACGGUUUCCUUACAUUUGAAGAACUUUACGAGCAAAUGAAAAAAUUUGGCUACAAAGACGAAGAGCUUAAGUUUAAAGACCAUCUUGAAAAAUUUUCCCAGAGAGACGACAAAAAGUUGACGAAAAAUGAAUUCCUAGAAGCCAUGCACAAGGCUCCACACAUCUUACACGAAGCAGCGGAAUUACGAAGACGAUUCUACCAGCUCGACUUGAACAAGGACGGCAUGUUAGAUAAGAAGGAAAUGGAAAAAGUUUUGGGCUGCCUAGGUGAACGUGUAACCGUAGUUGAACUCGAUCUACUUAUGAAGAAAUUCGACAAGAGAUUUAGAAACAACAGAUCUAUGAAAAAAAUGAAGAUAUAAAGAUAAAUGACUAAAACAAAAAGACAAACUUUUGUAACAUCUUCACAAUGGGUAGAAAUAAUACAAAUAAAUAACGAGCAAUGGCAAACAGUAAGAUGACGACGACGACGAUAACGAUAAUAAUGUUGGUCAUUCAGGCAUGACAUAAUUUGAGUGUAUGUAUGUAUGUAUGUAUGUAUGUAUGUAUGUAUGUAUGUAUGUAUGUAUGUAUGUGUGUGUGUGUGUGUGUGUGUGUGUAUGUAUGUGUGUGUGUGUGUAUGUAUGUAGGUGUGUGUGUGUGUGUGUGUGUGCGUUUGUAUACAAAAUAUUAGCAGUGUAUAAUAACAACAUAGGUAGCUAUAUACGUGAUUAAUUGUUUACAUAGAAGUCAAAACAAAAACAUCGAAGACAAUUAUGUUAUUGUAAUGCAAUGACGUCAUUAUCGUUAACCUACAAAAACAAGAAUAAAUAAAAACAAUGAUAACCAUUAUUACAUAAUAGUAGUAAUAAUAAAAGUAGCAUGGAUAGUAAU